AUGGCAGCACAGCAGCAACAGCAACAGCAGCAGCAGCAUCAGCAAACGCAUCAACAGCGCCGGCUGUCCGGCUAUCCACAGCAGCCGCACCAGCCACAGCCUCAGCAGCAUCAGCAGUAUCAGCAGCGUCAGCAGUGCAAUAAUCAACAGCAGCGAAUGCAAAAGCAGCUUGUAAGGCACCCGAAGCUUUGGAAGCAGCGGAAUGACCGAAGCGUGCUGAAGCCGAGCCUGCUAAGCCUGGAGUCGCUGAGCGUUAGUUUGGAGAGUCUGUUUUUCGAGCAGAACGGUUUAGAUAGCAAAUUUAACAAUUCCUCCACGGCAACCGGUACGAUGCAGUCGACAAGCAGUACGGUUAGCACUACCAGCGAAGCUACUGGGCUGGCUGAGGACAAGCAGCAGGCACGCCAAUUAGUAGACUGCUUAAAGUCAAUUGACAACACGUUGAUGGGUGAGAAACGAAUUAGGUAUAAGAUUUCGUACAGCUUCAAAUCGCUGGACAGCAAUUGCAAAUCGUUGUUCAACAUUCUGCGCGGCAAAGGUAGCGCCAACGGGGUAGCACCUGCUAAACAGGCACCGUUGCCGGAAGAUUGUAAGCAGCCGACGCCAUCCUCCAACGCACUCGUGACUGCACGGCACGUACACCAGAAUGGGUUUCGAAUGCUGUUUAACCGUAAGCUGUUGAGUGAUCGCAGGGACAGUGUCCUCCUUACACCCUGCGUUGACGUGAUCGAGAAGUAG